ACACAUAAAAACACCAUCACAAUGUCCGACGACGAGACCAAGGGAUCGGGAACGAUCUACUCCCGCAACAAGGAAGACACAAUCGAAGCCGAGACCCUCCUCUGGCGCGCAAUGUGCGACAGCAAGACAAAGCACCUGAAAAGAUACCUCGACAAGGAGGCCGUACUCGCCCACCCGGGCCAGAAGCCCUUGUCACCCAAAUCCAAGCCAACGCUCCAGGAGUACCUCGAGGAAGACUGGGAGCCCUGGACGGCGUACCGCAUGCACGACGACCCCGAGUUUGUCGAGAUUGACAUGAUGAGCUCCAGCCUCGUCUACCGGGUCACCGCUUGGCGCCAGGAGGGCAAGAAGCUUGUUGCGACGGAGGGGAUUUGCAAUAGUGUUUGGAAGCAGGAGCCUGGUGGGGACUGGACUUGCUGCUGCCACCAUAUGAGCACUCUUUGAGCAUGGGAAUGAUGGAUACGAGAGGAUUCGAUGCAAGAUUCACGGCUGAGAGACGAUGCAUGGCAUGGAUGGAGAAGGGAAGAUCUGGGCGUUUUGUACGAGUAGCGGCAUGGCUCGCGGGCGCUAUUGUUACGGUAUAAUGAUGACUUUUCGUAAUAGCAUUUCUCAUGACUUGAACCGUCGUAAUUCAUCCAUAUUGAACGUCGCAUGCGUGCGUUUUACUAGC